AUUGUGGUUAUCUGUGUGAACAGAAGCUUACAUGAACCUAUGUACAUGUUUCUGUGCAGCCUGUUUGUGAAUGAGCUGUAUGGUAGUACAGGGCUGUUUCCAUUCCUCCUGCUUCAGAUCCUCUCUGAUGUUCACACUGUUUCUGCUCCUCUCUGCUUCCUGCAGAUCUUCUCUCUGUACUCAUAUGGAAGUGUGGAAUUUUAGAACUUAGCCGUCAUGUCUUAUGACAGAUAUCUUGCCAUCUGCUGUCCUCUGCAGUAUAACACACGAAUGACAUCCAGCACAGUUUCUGUGCUCAUCGCUGUGUCGUGGAUCUAUGCUUUGUUGCUGGUUGCUGUGACAGUUUCUCUGAGCUCACCUCUGCAGCUGUGUGGGAACAUCAUCAACAAAGUGUACUGUGAUAACUAUGCCAUUGUUAAACUGGCCUGUUCUGACACCACACUCAAUAACAUCUAUGGACUGAUCAGCACAGCAUUCACCAUUUUUCUGCCUCUCACGUUGAUCUUUUUCACCUACAUGAGGAUCCUGAAAGUCUGUUUUUCUGGAUCCAAACAGACGCGACAGAAAGCCGUCAGCACCUGCACGCCUCACCUCGCUUCUCUGCUCAACUUCUCUUUUGGGGCUUGCUUUGAAGUAUUGCAGAGCAGAUUUAAUAUGAACACUGUACCAAACAUUUUACGUAUUUUGAUAUCACUGUACUGGCUUAUAUGUCAGCCGCUCUUUAAUCCUGUGCUGUACGGGCUGAAAAUGUCCAAAAUUCGUGACAUAUGUAAAAGUUUGAUCUACUGGAAAGUUUGGAUCAUUUAG